GGCGACUCGAGCGCGUGACGUACUUCCGGUCGGUGAGAAAGCGGAGGAGGAGGCCGGUGACCAUGACCUGUGUGCUCAGCGGUCCCACCGCCGUGUGCGAUGUCAUUACAGAGCUAGAGGCUCAGCUGGCCCUUCUUGGGCCUGGGCCCCAUACACCAAAGCAGCGUGCAGACGUAUCCCGGCUGGGUGAGUUAAGAGGGAAGGCGCUCCAGAUUAUGAACCAAUUCGGAGCACCGACGCUCAUCAACCUGUCCAGCUUUUCCUCUCCCACCACCAUGUCUGCCCCUGCCACUGUGAAGCAGGAACCAGUCAUGGCCAACAGUACUCCAAGCAACAAAGUACCUGGAGCAGCGGCAGGAGGAGGACGUGCAAGUCCAGAUGCUAACCAGGUUCUUACCAAAAAGAAGCUUCAUGAUCUGGUGAGAGAAGUGGAUCCAAAUGAGCAGUUAGAUGAGGAUGUGGAAGAGAUGCUCCUUCAGAUCGCAGAUGAUUUCAUUGAAAGCGUGGUAUCCGCAGCCUGCCAGCUGGCCCGACACAGGAAAUCCAACACACUUGAAGUUAAAGAUGUUCAGCUGCAUUUAGAGAGACAAUGGAAUAUGUGGAUUCCUGGAUUUGGAUCAGAAGAAAUCAGGCCCUAUAAAAAGGCGUGUACAACUGAGGCUCACAAACAGAGAAUGGCUUUAAUAAAGAAAACACAGAAGAAAUAGACCUCCCGGCUGCUAUACCCACACUCCUUGUUUGACUCGUCCAUCCUGCAGGAACUAGUGCAGGCACCACCUCUUCAGAGAAGAGCCUAAUUUUGGAGAUGAAUCCCCACACCUAGUGAUGUGGACUUGGCUUUAUAUUAGUCCUGCAUUAUAAAACCCUCUGGCAGGGAACGUUAAACUGUCAUUACCUUUUGUAUAUAUAAAAGACAGGAACUUGUUUGAUUAAAGAUUAUUAAUGUUA